AUGGCCAACAAAAAGACCAAGCCCUAUGCAUGGGACGUUAUCAAGGAGAUCGUCGAGGAAGCAAUCGCCGCUGAGCCAAGGAUGGGAGCAUCCUUGUUGAGGCUACAUUUUCAUGAUUGCUUUGUAAAUGGCUGUGAUGGAUCGAUUCUGUUGGACGACACUCCGACUUUCACGGGAGAGAAGACUGCGGGCCCCAAUAAUAACUCUGUUAGGGGUUAUGAUGUGAUCGAUCAAAUCAAAAUGGAGGUUAAUACAUUUUGCUUGGGGAACGUGGUUUCUUGUGCUGAUAUUGUAGCCGUUGCUGCUCGGGACUCUGUUUUUGCCCUAGGAGGACCAUACUACCAAGUCCUCCUCGGCCGCCGAGACUCCACCACCGCGGUGCUGCAUGCUGACCAGGAGCUGUUCAAGGGUGACGGAGGGGACGUGGAGGAUUUGGUGCAAUUCUAUAGUGAAAAUGUUGAUGAGUUUUGGGGUGAUUUUGGUGACGCUAUGAUUAGGAUGGGGAAUUUGAGUCCCUUGAUGGGUGAGGAUGGAGUGAUUAGAGAGAAUUGCAGGUUGACAAGUUAGUUAAUUAGACAAAAAAAAAAUGAUGGGGCGUUUUAAUUUCUUGGUUAGUGGGAGAUUAAUUAAUGUUACGUGUUUGGUUAGUUGCUUGUAAUUGCAUGGAGAAUUUGUUUAUUUUUGGUCCUUGGUGUAAUUGCAUGGGACAUAUGCCUACUUUUGGAUUAGGGUAAAACAUGAGAAUUUAAGAUUUUUUUUUUCCU